AUGAAGACCCUUCUGUUGUUGGCCUUGACCAUGGCCUUUGGCCCACUGCAGACCCACGGAGACUUGCUGGACUUCCUGAAACUGAUCGUGUUUGCCACAGGAAAGAAUGCUUUCUUAGAUUAUGCCUUCUAUGGUUGCCACUGUGGCUUAGGUGGUGAAGGAACCCCCAAGGAUGAAACGGAUCGGUGCUGUGCUGCACAUGACUGUUGCUACAAACACCUGGAGGAGCAGAAAUGUGGCACCAAGUUUCUGAAGUACAACGUUACUUUCCAAAAUGGCCAAAUCGUCUGCAGGGAUCAGGAUUCCUGUCCCAGCCAGCUGUGUGAAUGUGAUAAAACAGCUGCCAUCUGUUUUGGGAGUAACCGGCACACCUACAAGAAACAGUACCAGUUCUACCCCAACAUACUUUGCACUGGGCCGGACCCCCCGUGUUAG